UAGAGCAGUGUCAUUGAGAAACAUGGCCGCGUCCACGGGGGCUGCAGAUGCUGCUGCUGCCUCAGACUCUACAGGUCCAGCUUCCUCGGUUCCGAGCAUGGGCAGUCCAGCGAUCCAGUACAGUAUGGUUCUGGAGCACCUGGUAGGGGAGAAGCGGCCCAUUAAAGACCUGAGCCCCGGAGUUAUGGGGGGUCUGCCGGUGCCUCCGAAAAGCGACGAGCAGAAGAUGAUAGAGAGGGGAAUGGAGAGCUGCGCCUUCAAGUCGGUCCUGGCCUGUGUAGGAGGGUUUGUCCUCGGAGGAGCUUUUGGUGUGUUCACAGCUGGUAUCGACACCAAUGUCGGCUUCGACCCCAAAGACCCGCUGAGGACCCCGACGGCCCGAGAAGUCCUUAAAGACAUGGGCCAGAGGGGCAUGUCGUACGCCAAGAACUUUGCUAUUGUGGGCGCCAUGUUUUCCUGCACUGAGUGCAUCAUUGAAUCACACAGAGGAAAAUCUGACUGGAAGAACGCGGUGUACAGUGGCUGUGUGACCGGAGGAGCCAUAGGCCUUCGCGCUGGUCUCAAAGCCGGAGUCCUCGGAUGCGGAGGAUUUGCUGCGUUCUCUGCUGCCAUCGAAUAUUACUUGCGAUGAGACGAGAGGCUUUACGGACAAGAACUUGUUUUCUAUGUGGACUCGCUGCGAGGAAGCCGGGGUACAGAGAGGAACGUCGACGAACGUUGGCUUCAGGGACUCUGCUGGGACCUGAACAGCGCUUGCAGGGGCUGUUCCUGCGUCUCCAGUCACAGAAUGUCAUGGGCAGAGAAACUUCAGCACCCGGGUCCUGAUACCGAGGCCCAGAAACCACUGUUUGGUUACAGGCUUGUUAUAUAAAUUGACAGAAUGUAAUCAAGCAGGAUUAUUUAUAUUAAAGUUGUUCUUUUUCAA